UGUAAAAUCGAAAUGAAUGCCUCCUCAUAAUAACUGAUCGAUUGAUUUACCAAUCAUUAACACGUACGCACACAUAACUGGGUGAAACUACAAAAUCAUUUUUUAUUAUAUAUUGAAAAUUGAAAAACAAGCGAAAACCUAUACUUGGCUUAUGUGACACAAGACAUAUCACACACACAAUUUUGGACUUGAUCAAAACCAACGGCCUUCCACACACACAUCAUAUGCCUUAUUUUUUUCAUUAAAAUUUUUUAAAUGUGAAAUCUUCUUAGCCAAAAAACGAAAACAGCCAAAAAACAAACAAACAAAAAUGUCAAAAUUAUCAUUAAAAAUACAUUUUCCUGGUGGUCCAGAAUCACCCGAAACAACAAUCAAAAAAAUUCAAUUAGAUUCAUCGAUGAAAGUGAGAAAAGCAAUUGAAGAAAUUUAUUCAAAACAAAAUGAUCGUCGUGUUAAAAUGGGUAAAAGUUCCGAUUAUGCAUUAUAUGCAUUUAAAGAAGAAAAUGGAAUAAAAACUGGAUUCUGGUUGGAUCCUGAACGUGAAUUACAAUAUUACCUACUUCGUGAUGAUGCUUGUAUUGAAUUUCGUAAUAAAAUUCGUCCAUUAAAAAUUCGUUUGCUAGAUGAAUCAAUCAAAACAAUAAAUGUUGAUUCAAGUCAAACGGUAGAGAAUUUGAUGCCAAUUAUAUGCGAUAAAUUAGGUGUUGCAAAUUAUGAAGAAUAUUCACUUUGUCGUGAAUCAUUGGAACCAUCAAUGGAAAUGGAAAAUAUCAGCAAUAACAUUAACGGUACAAUGAAUGGUACAAUGAAUGGUGGCAGCACCGGCGGUGGAACAUUAAUGCGUAACACUUUACGUAAAAAUAAACAAGAUCAAAAAAUGGAACAAUUAAAACGUAAAUUAAAAAUUGAUGAUGAUAUGAAUUGGAUUGAUCAUUCGAAAACUCUUGAAGAACAAGAUAUUAACCCUUCGACAACCCUGGUGUUUCGACGAAAAUAUUUUUAUUCAGAUCAAAAUAUUGAUUCACGUGAUCCAAUGCAAUUACAUUUAUUAUAUGUACAAACCAGAGAUGCUAUUAUAAAUGGACAACAUCCAGUUACAUUGGAACAAGCAUGUGAAUUUGCCGGUAUUCAAUGUCAAAUUGAUCAUGGUGAUUAUGUUGAAACUAAACAUAAACAAGGAUUUUUAGAUUUGAAAAAUUACCUACCAAAAGAUUAUCUGAAACAAAAAAAUAUUGAAAAACGUAUUUUUAUGGAACAUAAAAAACAUAUUGGUCGUGUUAAUAAUCUGGAUGCAAAAGUUCUUUAUGUAACCAAAGCAAGAUUGUUGAAAACAUAUGGUGUUACAUUUUUCUUGGUUAAAGAAAAAAUGCAAGGUAAAAAUAAAUUGGUACCAAGAUUAUUAGGCGUCACUAAAGAUAGUGUACUGCGGUUGGAUGAAAAAACUAAAGAAAUAUUGAAAACAUGGCCAUUAACAACAGUAAAACGUUGGGCACCAACACCAAAUAGUUUUACACUGGAUUUUGGUGAUUAUUCAGAUAGUUAUUAUUCAGUACAAACAACGGAAGGUGAACAAAUUUCAAAAUUAAUUGGUGGUUAUAUUGAUAUCAUACUGAGACGUAAAAAAGCAAAAGAUCAUUUUGGUAUUGAUGGUGAUGAAGGAUCGGCUAUGAUUGAAGAUUCAGUAUCACCAUCCAAAGCAACCAUUAUGCAACAUCAACCAGAUGCAAAACCAUCACGGCCAAUUAUUGAAGAUGUUGCCAUACCAGGUAUCAUUCGAACUGGUACUGGUGGUCCACAAUUAUUAAAAAUUGAUCAAAUACCAGAAGUAAAACAAAUCCCAAUUGUACAAUCACAACCAACGCUAACACAAUCACCAGUUAUGGCUGCACAACAUCCAAAAUAUCUACAAACUGGACUGUCAGAUCCACAACGUGCUUUGCUUGGUACUAUUGGUACUGGUCAAGAUGCAGUACAAAAAGCAUUGAAUGAAUUAGAUUCCAAAGCAAUCAUACCGGAAUAUGGACCAGAUCUGGGUUAUAAACAAGAUCAAUUGGAUGUUAAAAAGGCAACAGUAUCAUCACAAAUGGCUGCAUUGAAUGCAGCAACUGCACAAGUUUUAACCCUGACUUCAGUACCCGAAGAAGAAGUUGAUCAUCCUGCUUUAGGUGCUGCUAUUAGUCAAAUUACAACAAAUCUACCGGCAAUGGCAAAAGAUGUUAAAAUGAUUGCUGCACUAUCGGAUGAUCAUGAUCGUGGUGAUCGUUUGAUUGAUGCAGCCCGAAAUUUAUGUAAUGCAUUUUCGGAUUUAUUACGUGCAGCCGAACCAUCAAAUAAUGUACCGCGACAGAAUUUAAUUACAGCUGCCAAUAAAGUUAGUGAUGCAACAUCAAACCUCCUUUAUAAUAUUGAUGAUGAAAAUAUGGAUCGUGAAGCAUCGGAUACAUUAUUGUCACUAUCAAAACCGGUAGCAAAUGCAACAGCAAAAUUAGUAUUGAAAGCAAAAGAUGUUGCCAGUAGAUGUGAUGAUCAAGCAUCAAAAAAUCGUGUAAUUAGUGCUGCAACACAAUGUGCUCUAGCUACAUCACAAUUAGUUUCAUGUGCAAAAGUUGUCGCUCCAACUAUACAUAGUCCAAAUUGUCAAAAACAAAUUGUUGAUGCUUCGAAAGAAGUUAGCAAAGCAGUUGAUAAUAUUAAUCGUGUUUGUAAAGAUUCAAUACAAGAUUAUCAUUUAAAUGGUCAAGUUGAUCAAGCUGCUGGUGAAGUUAAUGAUGCUUUAAAUAAUCUAUUGAAUUAUGUACGAUCAUUGGGUUCGACUGGACAUCGUGGACGAAAACAACCUGGUGAUGAUGGUGCUGUAGAUACUAUUCUCGAUGCUACUGAUCGUUUGUUUAGUAGUACUGGUGAUGCAUCUGAAAUGGUUAAACAGGCAAAAAUUCUUGCACAGGCUACAUCACAAUUAAUACAGAAUAUUAAAGGUCAAGCUGAAACCCAACCAGAUUCUGAUAUACAAAAACGUUUACUAUCGGCGGCAAAAAGCCUUGCUGAUGCUACAUCACGUUUGGUUGAAGCUGCAAAAGGAUGUGCUACGAAUCCAAAUGAUUCAAAUUCACAAGCAGCAUUACGGGCUGCAGCAGAAGAUUUACGUAAUGCAACGAAUACAGCCGCAAGUAAUGCAUUGAAACAAAAACUAAUGAAUCGUUUGGAAGCAACUGCAAAACAUGCUACUGCAAUGGCUACACAGAAUAUUGCUGCCGUACAUGGUUGUGCACCAUACAAUCAAAACGGACCGAAUCAAAAUGAAAUGAAUCAAUUAUGUCGUGAAGUGAAUGGUUCAAUUCCACCGGUUGUCAGUAGUAUAAAAGCCUAUCAUAAUGAACCAAAUAAUUCAACAAAACAAUCACAAUUAAUAAAUUCAUGUGAAAAUUUUAUGGGUCCUUCGCUUCGAUUGGCAAAUGUUUCGCUAUCAUCUUCGCCAACUAUAUCGGAUAAAUCAGCAUCCAUACAGCUGACACAAUCAGCUCAACAAUUAGCCGAAGCAUUAUCCGAAUUACGUAGUUGUUUAACAAAAGCAUCCGAAGCAUGUAGUUUUUCAAAUGAAAUUAAUGCUGCAAUUGAUAAUAUUCGUCAAUUGAAUAUAGAAUUAUCUGAAUGUCGUAUGGCUGCGCUGAAACAUUCAUUAAAACCAUUACCUGGUGAUAAUUUUGAUCACUGUUCAUCACGAUUGAAUUCUGCUUGUAAAUCAGUUGCAUCAGCAAUGGCACAACUGUUAAGUGCAACAUCACAAGGUGAACAAAAUUAUAUUGGGACAGCAUCUCGUGAAGUAACAAGUUCAUUAAAAAAUUUAACCAGUUCAGCAAGGGGUGUUGCUGCAACUGCUAAUGAACGUGAUGUACAAAUGCAAGUAUUGGAUCAUUCAAAUCAAAUUCUUGAAUUAUCGGUUACAUUAUUCGAAGAGAUACGUUGGGCAUUGGAAAAUAGCCAGGAUUCAGAACGACAUCAACGUUUAACAAAUAUUGCUAAAUCAUUAUCAAGUGCAUUACAAAAUUGUGUAACUUGUUUGCCAAGUCAUAAAGAUUUGGAUGAUUCUAUUCGUCAGAUUUCCGAUUCAACUCGUUCAUUAACCCUUGAUCAUCAUUAUUCAUCACAUAAAUCAUAUGCUGAACUGCAAAAUGAUAUUCAAAUGGCUGCAACACGUUUGAAUGAAUCAACAUCCGAAGUAAUUGAAUCAUCACGUUUACCAUCGAAAUUGGCACCUGUAUCGAAAAAUUUUGCCCUUCAUUAUUCAACAUUAUUUGAAUUGACAAAUGAAAUUUCCGGACAAACAUCGGACAAUCUGGUUAAACAACAAAUUCGUUCUUGUUUAGAUGAUCUAUCCGCAUCUUCAAGUCGAUUUUUACAAUCAGCCAAAACCGUAUCCGCCGAUCCAAAUGCACCGAAUUCAAGUAGUCAAAUGGCUGCUGCAGCACGUUCAGUUACACAAAGUAUAAGUAAUUUGUUGGAUAUUUGUUCAUCAUCGGCUCCAGGACAAAAAGAAUGUGACCAAGCAAUACAAAAUAUUCAAAUGAUGCGUUCAUAUUUGGAUAAUCCAUCCAUUCAACUGAAUGAUUCAACAUAUUUUGAAUGUUUAGAAUUGGUAACGGAAAAAAGUCGUCGUUUAGGUGAUGCUAUGACUGGUAUUGCUAAUAAUGCCCGAAGAAAUGAACAUGAAAGUUUUGGUGAAUCGGUACGUGAUGCAUCGGAUUCGGUUUGUGGUUUGUUGGAAGGUGCAGCACAAGCUGCUUAUUUAGUUGGUGCAUCUGAUCCAACUAGUAUUGCUGGUCGUGCUGGUAUUAUCGAUAUAAAUCUAUUGAAUCGUUGCCAGGAAACUAUACAUAAUGCAUGUGCACAACUGACCGCACCGGCUGCAACUAAAGAUCAGAUAAUACGUUGUGCAACGGAUAUUGCCAAAUCAACUUCGAAUUUAUGUAAUGCAUGUCGUGUUGCAUCAUCACGUACACAGAAUCCAUAUCAUCGAAAAAAUUUCGUACAAUCAGCUAAAGAUGUUGCAAAUGCAACAGCAACAUUGAUUAAAGAAAUUAAACCAUUGGAAGAAUCAUCUGCUGCACAUAUGAAUGAAAAUUGUCGAAUUGCAACUCGGCCAUUAUUGGAAUCGGUGGAUAAUUUAAUUUCAUUUGCAAAUAGUCCGGAAUUUGCAUCAGUACCGGCACAAAUAAGCGGGAAAGCACGUCAACAUCAACAACCAAUUACACAAUAUGGCAAAGCUAUAAUUGAUGCAUCAUCCAAUAUGAUUAUGUCGGCAAAAACAUUGGCCAUCAACCCGAAAGAUCCACCUGGUUGGCAAAUUCUUGCUAAUCAUAGUAAAAAUGUUAGUGAUUCAAUAAAAAAAUUGGUCACUUCGAUUAAAGAUGCUUCACCUGGUCAAAAUGAAUGUGAUGAUGCACUGGAAAAAUUGGGUAGUUGUAUUAAAAAAUUGGAUCAAUCAUCAUUGGAUGCAAUCAAUAAAAUACUACAUGUACGUAAUGAUAAUACAGCUAAAGGUUUUCGUGAAGCUGUUAGUGCAUCACUUUCGGAAAUUCGUGAAAAUAUUGAUCCAGUUCGUGUGGCUGGAAAAUCAAAAGCCGAAAAAUUAGGUCAUUCAAUAACACAAUUGAUUGGAUAUUUUGAUUUGUUAGUAUCAAAUUCAAUUGGUUAUGCAUCAAAAAUACCGGAUGAUAAACAACAAAAUCAAAUUUUAGAUAAAUCAAAAGCAGUUUGUGAAAGUGCAUUACAACUGAUUUAUACUGUAAAAGAAUGUGGUGGUAAUCCAAAAGCAACAUCACUGCAUAGUGAAAUUGAAGAUUCAAGUCAAGAUAUGAAAAAUGCUAUAAAAAAUUUUGAAAAUCUAAUGCAAUCAGCUGCAUCGGAAGAAGGACAUGUUAAUAGUAUUAUUGAACAAUUGACAAAAUCAUUAACCCGUAUUACUGCAUCAUCGGCUAUUUAUUCAAAUGGUAGUGGAUCAAGUCCAGAUAAUCUUUCAUAUGUUGAUUAUCAAACAAGAAUGGUUGCCAAUGUUAAAGAUAUUGCUAGAAUAGCACAAGAUAUGAGUGCUAAAUCAUCAACACAGGUAUCACAACUUGGUUCACUAUGUACACGUUUAUCGGAAAAUUAUGCCAAUUUAGCAAAUGAUGUUAAUGGUAUUGCUGCUGCUACCAAUAAUAUUGAGACUGCAUCACGUAUUAAAAGUAGUGUACAAGAACUUGGUACAGCAUGUGUUGAUAUUGUAAAAAAUGCUGGUUCCUGUCUGACUAAUCCAGGUGAUUCAUAUAGUCAACGUGAACUGACUGAUAGUGCACGAAAUGUUUCGGAAAAAUGUUCAUAUGUUUUAGCUGCAUUUCAAGCUGGAUCUCGUGGAACUCAGGCUUGUAUUAUGGCUGCCAAUUCUGUACAGGGAAUUAUCGGCGAUAUUGAUACAACAAUUUUAUUUGCAAAUUCUGGUGCCUUGAAUCCUGAAGAUCCAAAUGAUUCAUUUGGUAUUUAUAAAGAUGAAAUUCUUAAAACAGCCAAAGCAUUGGUUGAAGAUACAAAAACAUUGGUAGCUGGUGCUGCUUCCAGCCAGGAAGCAUUAGCUGUUGCUGCACAAAAUGCUGUCCAAACUAUAACACAAUUAACAACCGCUGUCAAACAAGGAGCAGCAACAUUAGGAUCGAAUAAUUCCGAAGCACAAGUUAUGUUAUUGAAUUCGGUAAAAGAUGUUGCUAUUGCAUUGAAUGAAUUGAUUGAUGCAACGAAAACAGCAUCGGGUAAAAAUAUCAAUGAUCCAGCGAUGAUGCAUUUGAAAGAUUCGGCCAAGGUAAUGGUAACCAACGUUACAUCAUUAUUAAAAACAGUAAAAACAGUUGAAGAUGAACAACAACGUGGAACACGUGCGCUGGAAGCAACAAUCGAUGGAAUUGAAGGUGAAAUCCGUAGCUAUGAUAGUGGUAGUAUGUAUAUUAAUCAAGAUGUAACACCGGAACAUUUAAUUCGAGCAACCAAACCGGUAACAAUGGCAACAGCAAAAGCAGUUGCUGCUGGUACUAGUGGACAACAAGAUGAUAUUAUUGUUGUUGCAAAUAUGGGUCGAAAAGCUAUUCAUGAUUUGUUACAGGUGUGUAAAUCAGCUGCUUUGUUGGCUGAUAAUCAAGAGAUAAAAAUACGUAUAUUAGAUGCUGGAAAAAAAUGUUCAUAUGAUUAUCAACAAUUAUUGAAAAUUAUUUUCCAUAUUCUACAACGUCCAACAAAUGUAAACGAUGUUAAACAACAAUUAUAUCAAAUGUCACGAACGAUUGCUGCAUCGGUUACCGAAAUUGUAUCAUUAGCUGAAAUGUUGAAAAAUGUUGAUUGGGUUGAUCCAGAAGAUCCAACUGUUAUUGCUGAAAAUGAAUUGCUAGGUGCUGCAUCAUCAAUUGAUUUAGCAGCCAAAAAACUUGCCAAUCUUCAACCACGUAUCGAUAGUAUUAAGCUUCCCGAUGAAGAUCUGAAUUUUGAUGAAAUCAUAUUGGAAGCGGCUAAAUCGAUUGCACAGGCAACAGCAAUGCUUAUUCGGGCUGCAUCAAAUGCCCAAAAAGAAUUAGUUGCAACGGGUAAAGUUGAUGCACAUGGUGGUGGUGUUCAUCAAUUUUCCGAUGAUGAUCAAUGGUCUGAAGGAUUAAUUUCGGCUUCCCGACACGUGGCUGCUGCUACACAUAGUUUAGUUGAAGCUGCAAAUGCUUUAGUUCUUGGACAAGCAUCGGAAGAGAAAUUAAUUUCAGCUGCAAAACAAGUAGCAAGUUCAACUGCACAAUUAUUGGUUGCUUGUAAAGUUAAAGCCGAUCCUGAAUCACAAGCAAUGAAACGGCUGCAAACAGCCGGAAAUGCAGUGAAAAAAGCAACGGAUAAUUUGGUUCGCGCAGCACAACAAGCAAUCGAACAAGAAGAAGAACAAAAUUUAAUCAUUAGUAAACGUCGUGUACAAGGAAUUACACAGGAAAUUGUUGCACGUGAAGAAAUAUUAAAAAAAGAAAGAGAAUUAGUUGAAGCUAGGGAAAAAUUGGCUGCAAUUAAUCGUGCCAAAUAUGGUAAUAGGCCACCAGAUGAAAAAGAUUUUGGUUUCACUUCGGUACAACAAUUUAAUAAUACUUAUUAUCAACAACAAGAUCAACAACAACAACAAACAUUCAAUCAUAAUCAUCCUCAUCAUUUUCAUCAAGAAAAUUAACAUUAAUCAAUCAAUCAAUACAAAUUACAAAAUCGAUCGACCUUUAAUCGAUACUUUGUUAACUUACUUGUGACACACAUAAAUAUAAUAUAUUAUUAUUUAACUUUUGCCAUUUUACUUUGUUGCCUUGUUUUAGUCAUCCAUAUAUUCAUCCACAUCUACCACACAUCCGAAUAUUUUCAUUUUCAAAUAUUUUUUUUUCUUUCUUUUGUUUGACGCACAAAUUUUUUAUUUUAUUUCUUUACCAAAAAAAAAAUUAUU